AUGUCAUAUCCUACUGUACCAUGGCCUACAUUUGCUGACUUGAGACAAAUGCUUCACGGUUUUUGGGCCUCAAAGCCAACAUAUACCGAGUCACAAUAUCCAGAUUUACAAGAUAAGGUUGUUAUUGUAACUGGUGGUAAUACUGGACUUGGUUAUGAAACAGUUAAAUCUUUAGCAGGAUCCACCAAGGCUAGAAUUUAUGUGUUCUCCAGAAAUAAAGAGAAAACACUCGCUGCAAUCAAACAAAUUCAAUUGGAAAUUGCAGAAGAAUAUAAUGUUAGUAACAGUGACAUUCGCUUUAUCCAAGUGGACUUGAGUGAUUUGACAACCAUCAAACCAGCUGUCGAAGAGUUUUUGAAGCAAGAACAAAGAAUAGAUAUUAUUAUUCAUAAUGCUGGUAUCAUGGGACCACCGGUUGGAUCCAAAUCCAAACAAGGCUAUGAAUUACAAUGGGGGACAAAUGUUGUUGGCCCACAUUUAUUACAAAGGUUAUUGGACCCGUUGUUCAUUAAAACAAGUGAAACCAAUCCUCCUGGGUUCAGCAGAAUUGUUUGGGUAUCAUCCACAGCUCAUUUGUUUGCACCUCAAGGCGGAGUCUUUUGGGAUAACGUCAACUACGAAAACUUGAAACUUACUCAAACUCAAGUAAGAACAACCCUUUAUGCGCAGAGUAAAGCGGGUAAUUUGAUUCAGGCAAGAACUUGGUCUAGGAAACACAAUUUUCCCAAUGUAAUCAGUUCAUCGCUUUGUCCUGGUUAUUUAUACACCGACUUGAUACGUAACUUGAAUAGUUUCGAACAGUGUUUUGUCAAACGUUUGAUUUACCCAAGAAGGUAUGGGGCUUACACAGAAUUGUAUGCCGCAUUCUCUCCUGACGUCAAAGAUGGUGCACAUACUAUUGGUUUUGGUGUUCCAUCUCACGCAAGAACAGACUUAACUAGUGAAGCGGUAGGUGACAAAACAUGGGCUUAUCUUGACAAAGAAACCGAUGCUUAUUUGUAG